AUGGCUUUUGCAUUAUCAGACGAAUCAAAAGAAAGAAUCACUAAAAUCAUGGAUUCAGCAAGAUUAAUUGCUCAUUACGGUUGGAUUCCAUUUGUUUUAUACUUGGGUUGGUCACAAACUCCAAAUCGUCCACCUUUAUUAGCUUUAUUAUCUCCAUUACCAUCUGUUUAA